AAAAAAAGAGGUGGGGGGGAAGAAGAAGGUGUCGGAAGCAUCGGCAGUAAGAAAACAUGUCAACAGAAUAAAAUAUUAACCAAUGACAGAGAAAAGUGCUCGAAAUCCCACCCCCGGCUCCUUUCCGCAUACCGGGUCAGCCCUGGCUGCGCCGCGGCCGGGGAGCGGCCGCCGCCGGUGCGGGGCCGGCGCGGAGCCGCCUCGGCGGAGCGGGGAGCGGCGCCCGGGGCAGCCCGGGCCGGAGCCUCGGGGGCGGGGGGGCGCGGCAGAGGGGCCCGCCGGGCGUUGCGGGGGCGGCGGGCCGGGGCAGGGGGGAGCGGCCGGGGGAGCUCGGCGGCUGCCGUCUUACGACAGAUCCUGGAGAGCGGAUCGAGGUGGGGCGCGCCCCGCCCGUCGCUCCGCGCACAACCGCGCAGCGCCGCGCACCGCCGCCGGGGCGGCCGCCGGGAGCGCGGCCCGGCGGAGAGCUGCGGGCGGCGGGGAGGCCCCGAGCGGCGACCUCCAGCGCGGACCUCGCAGAAGACCAGGGCAUGGCAGAAGCAUGUGCACAGGAACAUCAAUGCCAUCUCCAUGGGAAGCUCAGACAAGACCAGGAACAGCUCCAUGACACAGGGACACCCUUCCUGUUUCAGGGUAAAAACCGAGGGGCGGGCUGAUUUCUGACAGACCCGGAGCCUGGACAGACCCAACAAGAGCAGAAGGAGCCACCAUGGUGCAGUGGGGCUGCCUGGUAUCAGAAGAGGCAGGUCCCUGCGGACAGGCAGCGCUGCACUGGGACGGAGCGGCCGAGCCCUGCGGCGCAGCUGGAAGGAGAUGCAAUACUUCCCAGACCUCGGUGAGACGUGCCAUGUUCCCCUGUGCUGGGAACACGUGGGCUGAAAAACACAAAAUAGAAGCAAACCCCGGGAUCCCCCCCCCAAAAGACGGGGUGAGCGGCAGGAGAACCUGGAGCAGCGGCGGCCGUAAGGGAUCAAGGCAGAGCAGGACACGGCUGCCCGGCGAGUGAUUUCGUUUACUUCGGUGGAGUUACGCCAGGAAUGGACUUGGCCCCAGCAUGUCUGAGGGUUAUUGUAUCUGCAUUCCCCCAUGCAUAUACUGUCGAGAUGUAUUAACUUCCUUAAAUGUACCAGUAAAACAACCUCUUAUGAUACACUUUAAUGAACUUGUACAGUAGCCAACAAAUUGUGCAUCAUAUAAAACCCAUUCGGCCUUAUA